CACCUCGCCAUCGUCCUCCCCUCGUCUCCAAAAGGAGGCGCCGCUCCUCGUCUACGCCGUCCACUUCCCUCUCUAGCCUCAACGCCUCCGCCCCCCCCACUCGCGAGACCCUAGCUAGCCCUAGCGCCACCCGCCGACUCACCCGGAGAGAGGAGGAGGAGGAGGAGGCCUUCGCCGUGGUCGUCGGCCGAGGAGCAGGCGCCAGGAUGUUCGGGUACCAGAAGGGCGUCGACGUCGAGGCGGGGACCUCCGCCGCCACGGGCGGCGGCGCGCGCCAGCUCUACCCGGGGAUGCAGGAGAGCCCCGAGCUGCGCUGGGCGCUCAUCCGCAAGAUCUACGUCAUCCUCUCCCUCCAGCUGCUCCUCACCGCCGUCGUCGCCGCCGUCGUCGUCAAGGUCCGCGCCAUCCCGCACUUCUUCACCACCACCAACGCCGGGCUCGGACUCUACAUCUUCCUCAUCAUCCUCCCCUUCAUCGUGCUGUGCCCGUUGUACUUCUACCAUGAGAAGCACCCAGUCAACCUGAUCCUGCUCGGCCUCUUCACCGUCGCCAUCAGCUUCUCUGUGGGCUUGACAUGUGCCUUCACCAGUGGCAAGGUCAUUCUGGAAUCUGCAAUUCUGACAACAGUGGUUGUGCUCAGCCUGACUGCAUACACUUUCUGGGCCGUGAAUAGGGGCAAAGACUUCAGCUUCCUGGGUCCUUUCCUGUUCGCCUCCCUCAUAGUGCUGCUUGUGUUCGCACUCAUCCAGAUACUGUUCCCACUGGGCAAGCUCUCCCAGAUGAUCUACGGUGGGCUGGCAUCACUCAUCUUCAGUGGGUACAUCGUCUACGACACGAACAACAUCAUCAGGCGCUUCACGUACGACCAGUACGUCUGGGCCGCCGUCUCCCUCUACCUGGACGUCAUCAACCUCUUCCUGUCCCUGAUGACCCUCUUCAGGGCAGCCGACUAGGCGCUCUGCUCCCAUCCUGUCCUAUCUACGCAAGCUGUGAAUACCUUACGUUGGUCCCUGAAUGCUUGUCUCGUGGGUUAAGCUCGGGUGCCCAGAAUUCCAGUUUUAAGAGUUGUGUAUAGCUGCGUUGCCUUUUUACUUACUAGUAUGGUCUUAUUCGGCUUGGCUCGGUCAGAGUCAUGAUAUCAUUAGGUAGUUGGAAAGCGAACAAAUGUACUCCUACCUUGAUUAUGUGCGUGGAGAUCUGGUACUGGAUUUGGGUUGCCUAACCUUGAAUGAGAGUUUGGAGAGCCAUCAGCUUUAUGAUCUUUGUUUGCUGCUUUACGGUGAAUCUAUCAUGGAGUUCUCAUUUA